AGUAAAGUGGACAAUGGAACCCCGCGGUGAAUGAGUGGGUCGAGGGCGCGGCGAGACAGUACGACGUGAGCCCAGCAGCAAACGUGACUUUCCCUACAUUUGAACGUUACAUUAGAAAAUAUCCCGCUCCUUAAUCUGUGCCGGUGUAUUGCUGACUUGCGGUGGUGUUUGGUUGUCCAUGAAAUGAAAUCACGAUCUUUCCCUGCCCUGGGUCGCAGUGCCAGUGUUGUCAUGUAUUAGACAAAGGCGUCCGCACAGAUGCGUUGACUCCUAGCUGCUCUGCCUCUCCGGUGUGCCUCGGCAGAACUGUGAUCACAUGUUAAAGAAAAGGAACGAAGUUAUCACGGAUAUAGAAAUUUUGUUCAUGUGUCAUUGUUGCAAAGCAACGUGUGACGUCGCCUUCUUCCUGUUCCUUUUACUAUUGGGCUAUUUCUUCGAGUUGCCCUAGUUAAUCUGUUGACUUGAAUUCUUCGUGACGGUGGACGGGAUGGAGGGCAAGACUCGGCUGUGUGUGGUGGUCGUGGUGGUGAUGCUGGCGGCGGCGGGGAAGGGGGUGCGUGGACAGCUUAUAGAUUACAAAGCCUGGCUUGGGGAGGAGCCGCUGACGCCCCAGAGGAUCGUGAACGACGUCGUGGAGUACUUCUCGGUGCGCGAUCCCCACGGCAUUCCUGUAAUGAACGUGCCAGAGCCCAUCUACAUUCCGGGGACGGUUCCUGCCUCUCAGAUCACGUUCUAUGACCCCUACAUCUCCGGCCACUCAGGACUCAGGCUCGAGUACGUCAACGUCAACCUCACCUCUCUCUCGGCCAAAGGCAAGCUCAGUCUGCCGCAUUUUAACCUCAACGGUGGAUACAAGUGGCCUGGUCCCUGGAGCAACAGUGAGGGCCACGCCAACAUCACCAUGACUGGGAUAGAGAUGACCCUCGAUCUCUUCUUCGGCAUUAGUGAUGUCGGACUCUUGACUGUUGAGCCAAAGAUGGACCUUGAGUAUGAGGACCUAAAACUGAACUUCACGGGGCUCACCUACACCCACAGCUUCGUCGUGGGGGCUGCUAAGACCUUCUUCAGUACAGUCAUCGAGCCUAUCAUUUUCAGCAACGUUCAGACAAAAGUUAAAAGUCUCGUCAAUCAGCGCAUAGAGGAGCGUCUCCAGAACCUUACCUUCCCAGACUCCAUUUCUCCCGUGGACUUCGCCUUGGCCAAGAUUCGCAUGGACUUGAGGGAGACGUUGGAGCCAGUGAAGCUCGACGACCAGGAAAUGCACCUGACGUGGGGAGUGACUGUACAGGUGCAGAACAUUGAGCUCGCCGGCGUGACGACCAUUCACCGCACGCAUGAGGUGUCAGCCCAGUUCAUCGACAACGUUGUGUACGUCACUAUCCAGCUCGGGACGCAAACACUGAAGGGAGGCGCUGACUGGUUCCUCUCCGCCUCACUGCUGCCGGCCGUUGGGGGUCACCUGUCGCUGGAGAUAGAGAGUCUGGCCGUGACGGUGGAGGCACAGCAGCCCGCCAACAUCAGGAGCCCGCCCACCCUCAGAAAGAUUGAUAUCAAGCUAGGUAACUUGGCGGUAAGAUCAGACGGUGAUGGCACGUUCGACUACCUAGUGGAGGCGAUGUUGAACAUCCUGCCCAACUGCUUCAGGAAUCAAAUCAUGGACAAGGUGGAACCCGUGAUACAUCAGAAAGUACAGAAAGAGUUCAACAAAUUUGACGUCUACAGGAUGGUGAUGGACAAACUGGCAGAAAGGCAGCAGCAGCAGCAGCAGCAAAUGGAGGCGUCAGCUUAACACACACACACACACACUCACACUCACACACGCAGGUCUUCCUGGAAUGACCGCGUAUACGUAGCAUAUAUCAAAAUUUUAGUGCUUCUUCUCAAAACAUGUUGAUAAUAAAUAACUAGAGGACUUCAUAAUCUUCGCUAUCUACUAUCAAUGCCCGAGGAAAUCGAAGAAAAACUCUUAUAUUCUUUUAACAAUAUAAAUAUCAAAUAGUAAUAUUCCUCCACUUAAGUAUUAUAACAUUGAUCGUCGUCUUACAGAGUCCUUGCUAUAUAUAAUUAACCAUAGGCAGUCUGUCUUUUGCAAUGACAUGCAUCUAAUAGUAAACUUAUCAGACGAGGUGUUCCUCAGGGAUGUUAUGAUGGUAAUAACUGGCAAGGUGUGUGGUUUCGCUGAUGGUUUCAAUGGGAACGUAGAAAACUUAUCCUAAGUGGAGCAUUCGUCGGUGUGCUGCGUGUCAAAUGUAACGCUGUGGCCUUCUCAGGAUUUUGGUGGUGAACUAUACUAAGGAAUUUAGUGGGUUUGCAGUCACAGGGUAGUGAUUGGGUUGGGUGCUGUAUCCAGGAGUGGUUGGCCGGCGCUGAGUGGUGAGGUGUGUUUUGCUGUAGUGCCUUGGUAGCCGGCUGCCAUCACGCCGGCGGCUGUAGCCUUAUGUCAGCCCGUGAGAAAAGACACAGUUACAG